CAGGACGAUGUGAACACUGCUGUACCACCAACACCGACGCAGGUGGACGACAUGAACACUGCUGUGCCACCCACUCCGAAACAGCAGGACGACACGAACACUGCUGUGCCACCCACUCCGAGACAGGAGGACGACACAAACACUGCUGUGCCACCGACUCCCAAACAGGAGGACGACACAAACACUGCUGUGCCACCUACUCCGAGAGCGACAGCAAAUAACUUGCGAAAACUCCAAGUGCAGUAUGGGAUUCCGAUAAUCCGGCGAACUUUGUACCGAUUCAAUCAAAUCAUUAGUGAACCGAAGUAA